AUGAAAAUUAAAUAUUUAAUAAUUUUAAUAAUAAAUUUAAUAUUUUUAAAUUCAAUUGUAAAUUCACAAACUACCCAACUUACAGUAUCAACAUCAACAGGUAUUGAUAAUUAUCAAUGUGGUGUUUAUCAACCAUGUAAAACAAUUGAUGGUGCAUUAAAUUCUUAUAAAUAUAGUUAUGGAGAAUCUUAUCCAUUGGUAUUAAAUUUCUUAGUUGGAAGCUAUUCCACUUUAACAUCACAGAAUGUAACAGCUUUAAAUGUAACAUUUAAUGCAGCGUUACAAUAUAGUUAUGAGAUGGUUAGCUUUGUAAGCAAUCUUUCAACACCAAUGUUUAACAUUUAUCAGACAUCAUCACCAGCAAAUACCAAUCUUUAUUUCAAUGGUAUUCAAAUUGUAAAUCCAACCUAUACAGGAAUUCGUACUGAUGGUUUGAUCCAUAUUGAUCCAUUCGGAUAUUAUGAAGCCGGUCAAGUUAAUAUUGAAUUUAACCAAGUUUCAAUUCCAUAUGGACUAGUAGCUGACCUUAUUUAUGUCGAUGGCCAAUAUGUGGAUAUGGAUGAUGCAAAUAAUGGUUGGUCCGAUAGUUUGGCAAUUGACGCGGCAACAUCAACACCAUCAAUUUCAAUUAGUUUCUUUAAUUCCCAAUUUGGUAAUGACUAUUAUACAUCAACAUUCGCAAAUUCAUUGGUUUACUCACUAAAAUACCCAAUUUCAUUGACUGUCGAUAGUUGUAAUUUCACAAAGGUCAUUGCAAGUGAAACACUCUUCCCAAUUGGUGGAUCUCAAAUUUCAUUUUCAAACAUUCAAAUGAGUGACAUUUUAGUUGUCUCCAAACCAUUCUUUAUUUUUGAAAACUCACAAAUCACCAUUAGAGAUAGUAGUUUCGCUGGAACACUUGAUAGUGCUCAAUUCUUAAUUAGUUUUGGUAGUUUCCUUGAUUUUAGAAACAAUGAGGCUGUCUUCAACUAUCAAGCAAACUCUUGGAAUCAAGACUUCCCAGUUUUAGAUAUUGAGAAAUCUUUUGCUACAAUCUCAAAUUCUACCAUCUCCUUGGACGGCCAACAACAACAACAAACUGAUCAAGGUAUUAUCUAUGCUGUAAACUCUGACAUUAGUCUUAGAUUAAAUCUCAUCUCUUCAAAUAUUAGUUUUAUAAUCAAUUCCGAUGGUUCAAAUUUUUAUGGCUAUUUACUCACCUUCCAACAAACUUAUACCUCUCAAUAUAGUUAUCUUGUUUGUUCAAAAACUCAUAAAUCCACUUUUAGAGGUGAUGAAACAUUUUCAUAUAUGCCAACCUUUUCUAAAAAUUGUAACUACUAUGAACAAUAUAUAAAUACUGUAUCCGCCUUAAACUUUGUUUUCGUUGGUGUUGCUUUUGUUUUAUUAUGCUCUGGUAUAGUCUGUUGUUUUAGAAUUUGUUUUGAAAAAAGAAAAUUAAAGAAAAAAGUAGAUACUCAUACUUAUACACCAGUUUCUAAUGGUGAAAUUACUCCAAUUAAUCCAGGUGUUCCAAUUGAUUCAUCUUCUUAA